UUCGGCGCGAUAAAGUCAAUAAUAAUUUUUAUCUUAUCAGCUGGUCGUCCAAUGAAAUGAAAUUCAUUAUUUUAUCGGAGAAGAACUCGGCAAUCCUCAACAAAGAGCACAGCGAAGGAAGGUAUUUGGAACCAGACGUUUGUUGUCAUUGCCGUCUUCUUUGUCGCCGUCGUGUUGUGGUGGUUGUUCAUAUCAACAAAAGUUUUGGCCAUCUACGCUCACCGGGCAAAAUUCCAUAAAAAAGUAACAUUUGUUUAAACAAAAUAAAAAAAAUACUCAGUAAUAACAAAAUUCGAGUAGAGUUAAUAUCGAACCAAAACGAAACGAAGCGGAAAAAAAUUAAACAUUAAAACAAAAAUAAAUUAUACAAAAUUAUUGAAAAUUAUUCAAAAAAAUUAAAAUUUGCCAUAAAGUGAUGUUCUAAUAAAAGAAAAAAAUAUUAAAAAUAAAAAAGUAACAUAAAAAUGGCAAAUAUAAAAGGUCUAUGGGAGAGAUUUGUGUAUAAGUUCUUACAAUUUGCUCCCAGUAUUGUAGUGUGCCUAAGUUUCUUGCCAUGUGGUCUGGUUUUUGGUUAUACGAUCUCCUCGUUUGUGGCCGAACGUGAUGUGGAUAGCGGAGUAAUUGUCUAUGGGCCUCUAAUAUUGGGCGCCUGCUGGGGCUUUGUAGCCGCCAUGAUAAUGUUCUUUGUGAAAUUCUUCCGUUCCCGCAUUGUUUUCUGGCACAUGUAUAUCCUGCUGGUUGCUGGUGUGUUUCAUUUCAUAUCGAGUUGUUUCUAUUUCGCCGAUGAUUUGGAUAAUGUCGGCGCCUUCAUCUCGUAUCUGGGUCACAGUUUGACAUUUUUGGCCGGGCUCAGUUUUUUGCACACGAUUCUGAGCAAAGGUACCCGGGCCCUGUUCAUGGCAAUAGCUUUCAGCUUUUACAUACUCGGCAUGGCUUCGGCGGUCAGUUUGAUUGGAACUUCGUACACGAAAAAUGCCAUGGAGAACAGUAAUGGCACCCCGCAGGAAUUGAUCCAUGGAAUUUAUGUCGACUUUGCUGGAGUAUAUUUGUCCAUGUCAGUUGUGGUUCUCGCCCUGCUAAUUGGCAUUGUGGUGCUGAACUAUUUCGGCACGACGGAUAGUGAAAAUAGUUUGGACAAUGAUUUGCGUAUUGCCAACUCGAAUGGCUCGAUUUUCGAUAAGCGGGAUGAGAUCAUUAAGCGUAUUGAAUUUUUCUAUGUUACCAAAAAUCAACAAUGGAAUGUUACGCUGCUGCUGAUCUUCACGGAGGCCAUUCAAUAUUCCCUUUUCAUUUAUUUCGCAUUUUGGUUCUCGCUGAACAAUGCGGUGCGGGUGACGGACAUCUUGAAUAUCGAUUUGAUGUUUUGGGUGAUAUAUGCCGGCAGUGCUUUGGUCCUGAUACCGCUGGUGUUUGUUUCGGUUAAAGUGACAUUUGUCGCCAAUCAAUUGUGUCUGAUCGUGUUGACCAUAUUGAGCAUGAUCAUUUGCAAUUCCGUCAAGACCUCGGUGCCCUUCUGGUUGGUGUUGUUUUUCUUUGGCAUGACAUUUUCGAAUUUACAAAUACUUCUUGUCGAGGUGGCCCACUUCCGUUAUUUGGAGCUGUUGAUCUAUGUAUCGUAUCUACUGAAAUUGCUCUCAACAUCGGUGAUCUACUAUUAUUUCGUGGCAAAUGCAAAGAAUUCAUAUUUCUAUUCGACCGAUAUAAGUACCCUGAUGUCUCAAGGUUUCGUUUUCAUCAUAAUCGGAAGUCUAUUGGCAUUGGUGGUGGGCAUGAAGGUGCCCCGCACCCACCGCACUUCGUUGUUUGAAAUACAAUAUGGCCUGUUGGGUAUUAUAUUCCAGAAACAUCAAAUCGAACAGCUGAAUGUGAGGUGUUUAAAUGACGGUACAAUACCAACGAUAAGUCGGGAGGAAUAUUGAGAGAAUUUUGGAUUUUGCGAGUACUGGAUGACACAGGGCCAGUAAUGUUAUUAUGUUAAAUAAUCUUAAGUAUUUAUUUUGUAAUAAUUUUUGAGUUAAUUUUGUGUUUUUUUUUUUGAUAAGAAUAAAAUUCAAAACCAAAAAAAA